AGUGUGUGCUGUGUGUCAGAGUGGAUUGGAGUUGAAAAAGCUUGACUGGCAUCAUUCAGGAGCUGGAUGGCUUGGGACAUGUGCAGCCAAGACUCUGUAUGGAGUGACAUAGAGUGUGCUGCUCUGGUUGGUGAGGACCAGCCUCUUUGCCCAGAUCUCCCUGAACUUGACCUCUCUGAACUUGAUGUGAAUGACUUGGACACAGACAGCUUUCUGGGUGGAUUGAAGUGGUGCAGUGACCAAUCAGAAAUCAUAUCUAACCAGUACAACAAUGAGCCUGCGAACAUAUUUGAGAAGAUAGAUGAAGAGAAUGAGGCAAACUUGCUAGCGGUCCUCACAGAGACACUGGACAGUCUCCCUGUGGAUGAAGACGGAUUGCCCUCAUUUGAUGCACUGACAGAUGGAGACGUGACCACUGACAACGAGGCCAGUCCUUCCUCCAUGCCUGACGGCACCCCUCCACCUCAGGAGGCAGAAGAGCCGUCUCUACUUAAGAAGCUCUUACUGGCACCGGCCAACACUCAGCUCAGCUACAAUGAAUGCAGCGGUCUUAGCACUCAGAACCAUGCAAACCACAACCACAGGAUCAGAACCAACCCCGCAGUUGUUAAGACCGAGAAUUCAUGGGGCAAUAAAGCAAAGAGCAUUUGUCAACAACAAAAGCCACAGAGACGUCCCUGCUCAGAGCUUCUCAAGUAUCUGACCACAAACGAUGACCCUCCUCACACCAAACCCACAGAGAACAGGAACAGCAGCAGAGACAAAUGCGCUUCCAAAAAGAAGUCCCAUACACAAUCGCAGUCGCAACAUGCUCAAGCCAAACCAACAACUCUAUCUCUUCCUCUGACCCCAGAGUCACCAAAUGACCCCAAGGGUUCCCCAUUUGAGAACAAGACUAUUGAGCGAACCUUAAGUGUGGAACUCUCUGGAACUGCAGGCCUAACUCCACCCACGACUCCUCCUCAUAAAGCCAAUCAAGAUAACCCUUUUAAGGUUUCUCCAAAGCUGAAGCCCUCUUGCAAGACCGUGGUGCCACCACCAACAAAGAGGGCCCGGUACAGUGAAUGUUCUGGUACCCAAAGCAGCCACUCCACCAAGAAAGGGCCGGAGCAAUCUGAGUUGUAUGCACAGCUCAGCAAGUCCUCAGUGCUCAGCCGGGGACACGAGGAACGGAAGACUAAACGGCCCAGCCUGCGGCUGUUUGGUGACCAUGACUACUGUCAGUCAAUCAAUUCCAAAUCAGAUAUACUCAUUAACAUAUCACAGGAGCUCCAAGACUCUAGACAACUAGACUACAAAGAUGCCUCCUGUGACUGGCAGGGGCACAUCUGUUCUUCCACAGAUUCAGGCCAGUGCUACCUGAGAGAGACUUUGGAGGCCAGCAAGCAGGUCUCUCCUUGCAGCACCAGAAAACAGCUCCAAGACCAGGAAAUCCGAGCUGAGCUGAACAAGCACUUCGGUCAUCCCCGUCAAGCUGUUUUUGAUGACGAAGCAGACAAGACCAGUGAACUAAGGGAUGGCGACUUCAGUAAUGAACAAUUCUCCAAACUACCUGUGUUUAUAAAUUCAGGACUAGCCAUGGACGGCCUAUUUGAUGACAGUGAAGAUGAAAGUGAUAAACUGAGCUACCCUUGGGAUGGCACGCAGUCCUAUUCCUUGUUCGAUGUGUCGCCUUCUUGCUCUUCUUUUAACUCUCCGUGUCGAGAUUCAGUGUCACCACCCAAAUCCUUAUUUUCUCAAAGACCCCAAAGGAUGCGCUCUCGUUCAAGAUCCUUUUCUCGGCACAGGUCGUGUUCCCGAUCACCAUAUUCCAGGUCAAGAUCAAGGUCCCCAGGCAGUAGAUCCUCUUCAAGAUCCUGCUACUACUAUGAAUCAAGCCACUACAGACAGCGCACACACCGCAAUUCUCCCUUGUAUGUGAGAUCGCGUUCAAGGUCACCCUACAGCUGUAGGCCCAGGUAUGACAGCUAUGAAGCAUAUCAGCACGAAAGGCUGAAGAGGGAUGAAUACCGCAAAGAGUAUGAGAAGCGGGAAUCUGAAAGGGCCAAGCAGAGGGAGAGGCAGAAGCAGAAAGCAAUUGAAGAACGCCGUGUGAUUUACGUUGGUAAAAUCAGACCCGACACAACGCGGACAGAACUGAGAGACCGCUUUGAAGUUUUUGGUGAAAUUGAGGAAUGCACAGUAAAUCUGCGGGAUGAUGGAGACAGCUAUGGUUUCAUCACCUACCGUUACACCUGUGAUGCUUUCGCUGCUCUUGAGAACGGAUAUACUUUACGCAGGUCGAAUGAAACUGACUUUGAGCUGUACUUUUGUGGACGGAAGCAAUUUUUCAAGUCUAACUAUGCAGACCUAGAUUCAAACUCAGAUGACUUUGAUCCUGCUUCCACCAAGAGCAAGUAUGACUCUCUGGAUUUUGAUAGUUUACUGAAGGAAGCUCAGAGAAGCUUGCGCAGGUAACAUGUUCCCUGGCUGAGGAUGACAGAGAGACGGUCAAUACCUCACAGGACAAAGCGUCCUUUCCCAAGACUCUUGCAAGUCAUACUUAGGAAUUUCUCCUACUUUACACGCUGUACAAAAACAAAGCAAAACAACAGCAACCGUAUCAGAACAAGAACAACAACAACAACAACAGUUUACAUGAACACAGCUGCUGAAGAGGCAGGAGAUGGAAUGAUAAUCCAGUAAGCACACGCUUAUUCACGGGUGUCAGCUUUGCUUUCCCUGGAGGCUCUCGGUGACAGUGUGUGUGUGUGUGUGUGUGUGUGUGUGUGUGUACUUGUUUGGAAAGUACAUGUGUGCACAUGUGAGGACUUGGGGGCACCUGACCAGAAUGAACAAGGGCAAACCCCUUCAAAUGGCAGCAUUUCCAUGAAGACACACUUAAAACCUAGAACUUCAAAAUGUUCAUAUUCUAUACAAAAGGAAAUAUAUAUAUAUAUAUAUGUAUAUAUAUAUAUAUAUAUAUAUAUAUAUAUAUACAUAUAAAUUAAAAGGAAAGAAAACUCACAAACCACCCUAAAAUGAAACUGCUGAUGUCUGCCAUCAGCCUCCGGUACUGUCUUUUCCGAAAGUGCAAAACCAACCUGCAGCAAGCUCUCCCUAUGUUGUGACAAUCCCGAAGACACUACAGGUUCCACAGAACUAAUAUCCUCCCUCUAUCCCUUCCCCUCUCUGUCUUUCUUCUCCCUCCCCCUCUCUUUCUCUCUGUCUGUCUUUUCCUCUUUCCCUCUCUCUGUCGCUCUGUCUGCCAUGGGAUUUGGGUGGGAGAGGAUACUGCAGGCACCAGAUGCUCAACUUUCCUAACAUUUUGAAGUUCCUGUAGUUCGUCCUUUGUCCUGACACCUAUGUAUAUGUCCAAAAUGUUGAUCUUCCACUGCAAAUUUUGAAAAGCCUUGUCAUUGGUCAAGCGAGGAGUGUGUUCGGCGGUUCCUUCUGAGGAGCAGAUGUGGUGUUACAUGACUACUGAGAGUUGAGUAGAACUCUCUGGAUGUGUUCCGAUAGUGUAAUUGCUACAUUCUCUGAUGUAGUUAAGUAUUUACAGAUGUUAAAUGGAGUAUUUUUAUUUUAUGUACAUACUCUACAACUAUGUUCUUUUUUGUUACAGCUAUGCACUGUAAAUGCAGCCUUCUUUUCAAAACUGCUAAAUUUUUCUUAAUCAAGACUAUUCAAAUGUAAUUAUGAGGUGAAACAAUUAUUGUACACUAACAUAUUUAGAAGCUAAACUUACUGCUUAUAUAUAUUUGAUUGUAAAAAAAAACAAAACAAAACAAAACAAAAGACAGUGUGUGUGUGUGUGUCCGUUGAGUGCAACUACAACAAAAUGACGCUUCACGCACAUCCAUCCCUUCUUAGGUGAGCUUCGAUCUAAGCAUCUUGUCAACAACAACAAAAAUCCUAGGCCCCUAAAGGUAUUAACCACUUCUGCGAUAUUUUUCCACAUUUUCUUGUUGCUUGUUUUUCUUUGAAGUUUUAUACACUGGAUUUGUUAGGGGAAUGAAAUUUUCUCAUCUAAAAUUUUUCUAGACAAUAUCAUGAUUUUCUGUAAAGUCUCUCAAUGGGGAACCAUUAAGAAAUGUUUUUAUUUUCUCUAUCAACAGUAGUUUUGAAACUAGAGGUCAAAAAAAUCUUUUUAAAAUGCUGUUUUGUUUUAAUUUUUGUGAUUUUAAUUUGAUACAAAAUGCUGAGGUAAUAAUUACAGUAUGAUUUUUACAAUAAUUAAUGUGUGUCUGGAGACUAUCUUUGAAGCCAGUAUCUCUUUCCCUUGGCAGAGUAUGAUGAUGGUAUUUAAUCUGUAUUUUUUACAGUUAUACAUCCUGUAUAAAUACUGAUAUUUCAUUCCUUUGUUUACUAAAGAGACAUAUUUAUCAGUUGCAGAUAGCCUAUUUAUUAUAAAUUAUGAGAUGAUAAAAAUAAUAAGGCCAGUGGAGACUUUCUACCCAGGGUGCAUGGCGACUGUCAGGUUGGAGUCUAAGUUCUUCAUUUGGGAAACUCAGCUCGCUCAGAAGCAGUGUUCCUUCUCUCACUAGCAUGGCCUCUGAUACGACCAUGAUGUUGUUCUUGGUGACAUUGCUUCUGCUAAAUUUAAUAAUAAUAAUAAUAAUAAUAAAUGUCAGAAAAAAAACCCUCCAUUUUGAGCAUCAGGAUUUCAUCUGAGUGUGGAGUCUCUACCACGGAAGUCACUAAAGUUUGGAGUAUUUGAUUUUCAAAUUGAGGUGCGUUUACUGUUUGGCUGACAUGACUUUUCUGGAAGAUGUGAUAGGCCUACUACUUAAUUGUUCUUUUCCUUUCUCUCACCAAACACGAUCUUACAAAAUGGGUUUCACCCCCAGGCCAAUGCAGCUAAUUCUGAGAGCUGCCUUCAUUUAUCACCAGCAUAUUGUGUUUUGAGUGAAUCCACUGUCUGUCCUGUCGGAUGCUUGCUCAAGUGUUUGGCUUAUUAUUUCUAAGUAGAUAGAAAGCAAUAAAUAACUAUGAAAUAAAAGAAAUGUGUUCACAGGUUCUGCGUUACAACAGUAACACAUCUUAAUCCGCCUAAUUCUUGUUCUGUAGGUUAAAUGCAGGUAUUUUAACUCUUUGUGAACGCCAAACUAAAGUUUACAGUCUUUCUUUCUGAAUUUUGAGUAUAUUCUGUUGUAGAAUAAUAAUAAAAAGACUAUUAAGAGCAAUAAAUUAUUUUUAAGAAAUCAA